GCGGCGGGAGCAUGGUCCAGGCCCGGUGGAGCCGGGGGCCCGGGCGGGCUCGCCCCGCCGCCUAGUGAGCGCCCGGGCGGCGCGGCCCGGGACCGAAACAGCCACGCCAAGCCCGAGGACAACGGGGCCAAGUGACCACAGAGGCAGCCUGAGAAUCAGACGGGGCUCAGACAGGGAGAGGAAGGGGGCUGCCAGCCACGGCCCAAGGUGUCUGAGAUGCCGCUGCCGCAGAAGAAGCGCUGGGUGUCCAUGGCCAAGGGGCUGGUCCUGGGAGCUCUCUUCACCAGCUUCCUGCUGCUACUGUACUCCUAUGCUGUACCCCCUCUUCACGCUGGCCUGGCCUCCACCAGGACCCCAGAGGGCACAGCGCCCUGCUCCCCGGGUGAGCCAGAGGCGCUGACCCCAGCCAACGGCUCUGCGGGAGGGUGCCAGCCCCGGCGCAACAUCGUGUUCAUGAAGACUCACAAGACGGCCAGCAGCACGCUGCUCAACAUCCUGUUCCGCUUUGGCCAGAAGCACGGGCUCAAGUUCGCCUUCCCCAAUGGCCGCAACGACUUCGACUACCCCGCCUUCUUCGCCCGCAGCCUGGUGCAGGACUACCGGCCCGGGGCCUGCUUCAACAUCAUCUGCAACCACAUGCGCUUCCACUACGACGAGGUCCGGGGCCUGGUGCCGCCCAACGCCACCUUCAUCACCGUGCUCCGCGACCCCGCCCGCCUCUUCGAGUCCUCCUUCCACUACUUCGGCUCGGUGGUGCCCUUCACGUGGAAGCUCUCGGGCCGCGACAAGCUGGCCGAGUUCCUGCAGGACCCAGACCGCUACUAUGACCCCAACGGCUACAACGCCCACUACCUCCGCAACCUGCUCUUCUUCGACCUGGGCUACGACAGCGGCCUGGACCCCGGCAACCCGCAGGUGCAGGAGCACAUCCUGGAGGUGGAGCGCCGCUUCCACCUGGUGCUCCUGCAGGAGUACUUCGACGAGUCCCUGGUGCUGCUCAAGGACCUGCUGUGCUGGGAGCUGGAGGACGUGCUCUACUUCAAGCUCAAUGCCCGCCGCGCAUCGGCCGUGCCGCGCCUCUCGGGGGACCUGUACCGGCGCGCCACGGCUUGGAAUGUGCUGGACGCCCGCCUCUACCGUCACUUCAACGCCAGCUUCUGGCGCAAGGUGGAGGCCUUCGGGCGGGAGCGCAUGGCCCGCGAGGUGGCCGCCCUGCGGCACGCCAACGAGCGCAUGCGGCGCAUCUGCAUUGACGGGGGCCGGGCCGUGGACGCCGCCGCCAUCCAGGACUCGGCCAUGCAGCCCUGGCAGCCGCUGGGCGCCAAGUCCAUCCUGGGCUACAACCUCAAGAAGAGCAUCGGGCAGCGGCACGCGCAGCUCUGCCGUCGCAUGCUCACGCCGGAGAUCCAGUACCUGAUGGACCUCGGCGUUAAUCUGUGGGUCACUAAGCUCUGGAAGCUCAUCCGGGACUUUCUGAGGUGGUGACAUCCCGCCGGCCGCCAGUCCCCCUCUGCCCGCUGGAUCGCAGAGGAGGGGCGGGGCAGGGGCCCUCCUGGUGCCACCCCGGCUCCGGGGUGAGGUGGGGCUGCUGCCGGGGCUCGGGCGGCCGGGACUGGGCCCCUGGCACACAGAGCCUGAGGUCCGUAUUUGACUAAUUAUAGCUUUUUAAAGAGUUAAAUUCCCUUCCCUCCAAAAAAGAAUGUUCUAUUUCCUGCCUCCCCUUAAAGGGGAGACUUCAGAAGUAAAGGAAUUUCAUGUUGUGUUUUUUGUUAAUCAGCCUCAGUGGUGCUGACUGGUGGGGCCCUGGGUGGGAGGUGACUGAUGAGGAUGGUGGGAGGAGGGCCCGCAAGAGAGCAUGGCGGGUGCCUGAGUGUGUCUGUGGACAGAGCGGGGGUGUCAGGCACGGUGUGAUGAGCACCCCUUACAUGCUGCAGCCCUGUGUGGCUGAAGGACUCCCAUGAGCUACCAAGACCUGGAAGAUCGUUUGUGUGAUCAUCCUGAGGCUCUACCGGUCACUUACUCCAACUGAACACUGGUUAUGUGUCCAGCAUUAGGCUAACUGGGUUAUCUCAAUUCAUCUUCAUCAAAAUUCAGUAAUGUGAGAACUGCCAUAUUUCCUCAUGCCAGAGUUGAAGAAAGGAGCUCAGAGCGGGCAAGUCAUUUGGCCAAGAUCACAUAGCAAGUGGUAGGACUGGAACGGGGGCCAGGGAGGAUGGAGUGUACAGCCAGAACAAGAGAGUCUGUGUGUGUGUGUGUGUGUGUGUGUGUGUGUGUGUGUGUGUGUGACAGGGAGGUGGGAAAUCCUUGGUGUAGCAUUGAGCAGCAGGCCCUGGGCCCAGGCUGAGGGUUCCUUGUAUAAUCUCACUAAUCCUCACAAUCACCCUUUGAGGCAGGCACAGUUACCAUCCCAUUUUAUCGCUGUGGGAAUUGACAUUCUGAGAGAGAUCAGAAAGGACUUGCCUGAGGUCACGUUGCAGGUACCCAUCAGACCCAAAACUAACCUUCUCUCUGGGACCCCAAACCCCUUGCAGCAGAGUGAGGAUGCAUCAGCUCUAACCAUCUGUCUCCCUUGGCCUCUCCAGGGGGACAAGGGCACUUUCUGGGGCACAGGAGUCAUGGGUCUCUAACUAGGAGUCAGCAGCCAGACAUGAAAGGCAGAACCAAAUGAUUUUAUUGGAGAACUGUCUGUACCAGGCUCCAAGCCAAGUACUUGUACACCUUAUCUGAAUAUCCACAACAUCCUAGCUUUAUAGUCCAAAGCUCAGAGAGGUUAAGGGAUUUACCCGAGGUCACACAUCUAACUGGUGCCAGAACCGGAUUUCAAGCUGAAUUUGUCAGCUCUUAACCCUUCCCUGGGUUUGAAUCAGUCUUUUUCCUGGGAGUGAGUUUCUGAUCCAAGCAGGGUGGGAAGAAGUUAGGGUGACCAACUGUCUCAGUAUCCUAGGACUGUCCCAGUUUUUGCACUGAAAGUUCCCACAUCCCAGACUACUCCUCAGUUCUGGGCAACCAGAAUAGUUGUUCAGUCUGGGAGAGUUUUGGACCCACCAGCUCCCUGGAGCCACUGCCUGCACCCUCCUAAAGAUCUUGGCAGCAAGAAAUAAGCACAUCUUUGAAGCCUUUGGUUCAUAUGGAGAGAACUAAGAGAAAGAAAGAAAAAAAAAAGAAAGAGAAUAGCUAAGAUAUUAUUGAUCCCAAAUUCAUGAGAUAAUCUCCCCCCCCCAUGCACACUUUUGAUAAAUCAAAGAGAGAUGUGACUUAGUGCAAUAUGAUAAUAUCUUGGGUUUGUGGAACCCCAUAAUUUUAUUUCUUUGGACUCUUAAUGGCCUAAAAUGUCAAUAAUAAUAUAUGUCAUCAAAUUAUUUAUUAUUAAUAUUGGAACUUCUAAACCCUUAGGGAUCCAAGGAGAAUAAAUCUGGCAAAGAGUAGAUGCCAAGAAUAUAUAUUGCUCCAUUAGCAUUUACUAUCUGCCUGGUUCAUUUUAAGAACAUUAGGAUUAUUAACUCGUUUAUUAACAUAAUUAAUAUUUUAACAAUGAGAAGUUGCCUGGCACUCUGUGCUCAGCUCUGUGCCAUAUGGGAACAUUUGCUCUCCUGAGAAGGCGACCAAAACACAGAGAAGCUGAGCAACAAGCCUGGGUCACCCAGCCAGGCAGCCAUAGAGGCAGGUUGCAAACCCAGGUCAGCCGGACACCAAGGGCUGGUGCUUGCAGCCUCCAGACAUUCAGAGCUAUUCCAGAUGGCCACCUCAGCCUUGGGACUUUCCAUGGUUGAAAAUGGAUGAAGUCUCCAAGGGGCUCUCCUGCUUAUAGCCUGCAGGAGUCAGUAUGCUCUUGCCACACCUGGGCAGCAGAGGGUGCCAUGGUGCAAAGUUUGGUCUUAACUGGUCAGGACAUUCCCUGCUGCUGGAGGGCUGGGGGCACCCAUAGUUGGGCCCGAGCCUACAGGUGAAAGCCAGAGCAAAGGUCAUGGCUGUCCCCUGGGAGAAAUUCAGUGGAACUACCUGUUUCUCUCUGUUAUGGGAUGAAUUGUAACCUCUACAUGAUAUGUUGAAGUCCUAACCCCCAGUUCCCUAUGACUGAUAUUAUUUGGAAAUAGGGUCUUUGUACAUGUAAUCAAGUUUAGAUGAAGUCAUUAGGGUGGGUCCUAAUCCAAUACGGCCGGCAGGUGUCCUUAUAAGAAGUGGCGAUGUCCUGUGUAGAUGCAGGCACACAGAGACAACGCCACGUGAAGAUGGGCAAAGGUCGGCAUGAUGCAGUAACAAGCCAAGGAAUGCCAAGGGCUGACAAUGACCUCCAGAAGCCAAGAAGAGGCAGUGAAGGAUUCUACCCAGAGUCUCAGAGGGAACAUGCCCCCGCUGACACCUUGAUUUCAGACCUCCAGCCUGCAGAACUGUGAAAGAAUAAAUUUCUG